AUGGAUUUUCAUGUCUUUACACUUAGUGACGGCGUGGACGCGGACGUUCGAGACUCGACGUCACGCUGCGGGCGGUGUGUCACGAGCGCGCCCUUUUUCCUUCUCCCAUCAAACUUGUUACUUGUCUCUUUCUUUGCGUAUCAAUUCGCAGAAUACAGGGCGUUAUAUGGUUUGGGCUUUGACUGCCGAAUGAACGGCCUUCAAUCGCUAUGUCCUCGAACUACACGACUUCAAACUAGACUUCGUCUACGACCUCCUUUUUUUCCGAGAACUUACGGCCAACGGAAUUCCUUGGGAAGGAGGCGGAGUAGCACACAGGCGUCGACGCACGUCGACACUGGAGGUUCUGCGGACUGGGUAACACCACCACCGAAACGACCCAUGAAAUGGUGGUAUCCUGGGAGGACGAAGUACCCUAUAGGAGGAGUCCUCACACUGAGGCCUGACAAGAUGGCCGAAGUUGAGCAGAGCGCGCACACCAUUGGAGGACAUCACACCGCUCGCUUUUUUCUUGAGGUCGACCACCCGACUGGGGACCGCAAUUUCAUAACACCUUACUACCAAUUCCAACCUACAGCUAACAAACCUUCGGGAUUCCCACCUCAAACGAAAGGGAUCCUGUAUUACUACCAACCAUCUCCCGAAGAGCCCGUCAUGAGCGGUCAGCUCCGGUUCCGCCUUUGUGAUGGGUACGAGACAUUCGACCAGGGUACGGACAUGCGCGACCGGAAUGGCGUCGAUACGUGGCACAUAUCCCUCUACGCCAUCGUCAAGUCAGUCUACCUUCGCUCCGUGGUCGACAUGCUCCUGCAGGAAGGUCUUGUGGAGAGAGAAGUCAUCGACAAGGUCGCAAGACUACCUAUUGUGCGGACGAAUGCUCCGAUAUUGUACUCCUUCGACACUCCCUUCGUGGCCGAGAUGUCGAAGCCGUCGCUGAGGCUGGCGCUUAUCAACCCCGACAUGUUCACUGUCAUCAACAUUCCUUACGUCUUCCAGCACUAUCUACCACCGGAGACGCCAUACAAAGGACGUAUCCGUGCCCGCUUCGAGGUCUCGACUUCCUCCGAACAUGAGACCGUGCCUACCCUCGUUCUGCGGAUCCUCGAGCAUAUCGACGUUGUCAAAUGCCUCAUACCCGACUACAAGCACUUCAUGGCCGAGCCAACGCCGGGCUCGUUGCUGUCGAAGAGGGUUUCCAUCCUGCAUGAAGAUGCAAAGCACAGACCGUGGUCAUACCCACUGUAUAGCCGGCCACAUUCGGACCGUUUCAGGAAACUCAUUGGGCUUCCAUGA